AUGCGUGGCAGAGGAGGUGGCCUGCUUUGCUCCACGCUCAUGUGUCGCAUCUCAUUUGUAGGUGCGGGAGGGACUCGGCGGAUUGAGCGCCAGCAGGGAGAAUUGCAGAAGGUGGGAAACCCAACGACGUUGCUGGAGGGAAGUCACGGGAAGCACGCCAGCUGCAGUGGCACAUCUGGCACAGUUCCGUUUGGGAAGAGUGUUGAUCGCAGCGGGGACGAGGUGAGGAUGCAGGCACUCCUACAAGAGCAUGAGCAGCGUAGAAUUGCCCGUCGAGAGGCUUUUUUGAAGUGGCAGGCGGGUCAACGCGAAAAGGGCGCAGCACAUCGUUUGGUGCGCCAGGCGAAGACCCAAGAAAAGUUUAAGCGACAUCACUACCACACACAGAGCGGGAGGCUGAUUUCUGUAGCGCUCUCUCACAAUGUAGGAAGUAGCAGCAGCGGCAAAAACGCCGAUGGUGUUAUGGAUUUUGCGUCUUCGCGUCUGCAUGAGGGCGAGAGAGGACGCGCGACAAGUUUUUUGCUUCAGUGCGGUAGCGGCAGUGGUGGGAGAACACUUAACGGGCGUUGA